CACAGUUACGCGGAUUUGUGCUUUGCCGCCGCGGAUCGUGUCAUUUCUUUGAAGUCUGGUUACUAAAAAUGCAGCUUGGCCAGCGCGUUCGCCCAUUCAGCGGACCCUCGGCGGCCCGCCGGCCAGCACGUGCUGGCUCUGUUACCGUCCGGGCUGCUGCAGCUACUCGUGAUCCCAAGCAGCGGAUUGUCAUUACUGGCAUCGGCAUCUGCAGCGUCCACGGCAAUGACCCAGACACCUUUUACAGCAAGCUCCUGGACGGUGUUAGCGGUGUUGGGGCUAUUGACCGCUUCGAUGCUUCAGAGUUUCCUACUCGCUUCGCUGCCCAGAUCAAGAACUUUGACGAUGAGGGCAUGAUUGACAAGAAGAACGCCCGGCGCUACGAUGACUGCCUCAAGUAUACGAUGGUUAGCGGCAAGAAGGCGCUGGUGAUGGCGGGUCUGGAGAAGGAGCGCUGCGCGGCGGGCUACCAGCAGGUGGACCCGACCCGUGUUGGUGUGCUGGUGGGCACCGGCAUGGGCGGCCUGACCGUAUUCCAGGACGGCGUAUCUAACCUGGUGCAGAAGGGCUACAAGAAGAUCUCCCCCUUCUUCAUUCCGUACGCCAUCACCAACAUGGGCGGUGCCCUCCUGGCCAUUGACCAGGGCUUCAUGGGCCCCAACUACUCCAUCUCAACCGCCUGCGCAACCGCCAACUACGCGUUCGUUGCGGCCGCCAACCACAUUCGUAACGGCGACGCUGACGUCAUGGUGGCGGGCGGCUCCGAGGCGCCCAUCAUCCCCGUGGGGCUGGGCGGCUUCGUGGCCUGCCGGGCGCUGUCCACUCGCAACGAUGAGCCCGUCAGGGCGUCCAGGCCUUGGGAUUGCGACCGCGACGGGUUCGUUAUGGGUGAGGGUGCGGGUGUGCUGGUGAUGGAGUCCCUGGAGCACGCCACGAAGCGCGGCGCCAAGAUCUACGCCGAGUACCUUGGCGGCGCCGUCACCUGCGACGCGCACCACAUGACCGACCCGCGGUCUGACGGGCUGGGCGUGUCGACCUGCAUCGAGCUGGCACUGAAGGACGCCCGGAUCGAGCGGGAGCAGGUCAACUACAUCAACGCCCACGCCACCAGGCAUGUAGCCACCAGGCGCACGCUGGUGGGUGACAUUGCGGAGGUGAAGGCCAUCAAGAAGGUCUUCCACGACACCAAACACCUCAAGAUGAACGGGACCAAGUCCAUGAUCGGCCACUGUCUGGGGGCGGCCGCCGGUGUGGAGGCCAUCGCUACCCUCAAGGCGAUCGAGACCGGCUGGGUGCACCCGACUCUGAACCAGCACAACCUGAUUGAGGAGGUGGUGGGCAUUGACACCGUGCCCAACGAGAAGAAGCAGCACAACAUCACUGCCGCCAUCUCCAACUCGUUCGGCUUCGGUGGCCACAACUCCGUCGUCGUGUUCGCGCCCUUCCGCGAGUGA